AUGCUCUUGCCAAUUGACGGCUUCGAACAAAUGCCUCUUGUAUCAUUGAAACAGGCAAUUGAACCACUUGUCUCACUUGUUCCAAAUAUUGAAUCCUAUACGUGGGUCGCUAAUUACAAUUGUGAAAAUCCUAAAGAAGGUUUAACAUUGGACGAAUCAGCGGCAAUAAUGUUGUAUUCAAUGGAGACUUCUAGCGAAACUGUUUAUGGCAUUCUGAAUUCGAUUCUUCGUUCUGAGAAUCCUGAUAGAAAUAAUCAGCUCAAACCAUGGUACUCUUAUCUUAAACUGUUUAUUACUGCUCUUUCUCAUCUGCCUUCACAUCAGUUAAUUGUCUAUCGAGCUGUGAAACUCAAUCUCAGUGAACGUUAUCCAAAAGGAAAACAUUUUGUGUGGUGGGCUUUUUCUUCCUGUACAACAUCAUUAGAUGUACUCAAAUCCUCGACAUUUCUAGGUCGAACAGGUACACGUACUCUAUUUAUUAUUGAAUGCUUCACAGGAAAACGUAUCUGCCAUCACUCGUUCUACCCUGCCGAAGACGAAGUCCUUUUGAUUGCUGCUCGUCAUUUUGAAGUAAUGUCUUCUAUGCAGCAAGCAUCUGAUUCGUGGAUUAUUCACAUUCCAAAAGAUUCUAAAAGAUAA